AUGUGUAACAAUUUCGGGAAUAAUUCUGCAAGUGAUAGUCUUGUAGAUAUUUCAACAGUUGUCUUGAGUGGCCAUGUUAUGUUUACGUGGGCCAAAAUGAGUAAUUACCAAAUAAGCCAGUCGUCUCUUUUGACCCUAAAGGCAGAAAUACUACGCAAGCAGCAAGAACUAUCUAAAGCAAAAGCUGAUAAUGAAGUUAAAAGAGAGAUGAUUAAAAAGAAGACACCUCUAGAGCUAAAAAAUAAAGGCGAUGAAGUAAGAAAGCGUUUUGAUAAUAUAGAGGAAGACGAGGAUUUGUUGAAACAAUCAAGUAUUGCUCUGCAGCAGAAAGCAAAAGUAUAUGAAGAGCUAAGUUCAGGAAAAUUAGAUCCAGCUGAUCACAGAGCAUUUCUAGUUCGUUUUGAUAAGAACAGUAGUGAAGAUGUGCCUCCUAUUUGUUCUGAUGAUGUGCUUAAUAAGUGUGAAGAGGAUGCUGAUGAGUGUUAUGAUACUGAUGAGGAGUUAGAUACUAGUGAAAAAUGGGUGACAUAUACAGAUUGCCUAGGAAGAACAAGACAAUGCAUGGCUAAAGACCUGGAACACAUUAAACGAAAUGAUAAAAAAUUGCGGGAAGUGGUUGAGAAGAAACGAAUGCAGCAUGGUAGAGAAGAAGAAAUAGCAGCAAAGUCCAAUGAAGUUACGGAGAAGAAUGAACAUGUAGAGGAAGGAGAAGCAUUGCCAGAGAUGAUGUCAGAUCAGUUGAGAAACGAGAUAUUGCGAAAACAGUGGGAGAAAGACGAGGAACGGCUAAAGGACAAGAAGGACGUUCAUUAUCAGGAUGUGCUUUUUGGAGGUAAAAUCAUUCACCCAGCAUGGACAUGAAUUAUCCAACUAAGGCCCGUUUUUUCAACCGCAGAUUAACAUUCAGGUUAGGUAGCUAAGAAUUGGAAAUUAACUUUCACUUGCCAAUAAUUCGUUUUUCCAACUUCUGGUUAACUGAAACGUAAUUGUUGAUGCGGCAACGCUGCGUCGACCUCUGAACUUUCAUGUUUCGUGAUACUCUAUGUUUGUGUCUCGUGCCAUCCAUUGAC